AUGACUUCCGACAUAGCUUCUCCGUUCUUUCGUCAACCCUUCCAGGCUGGCGAGAAGCACCCAUUAUCCAUGGCUGCGUUGAUGCAAUCCAAUAACGAGCCUGUCACUAUCUCAAAUUCCCUGUCCGGUGCCAUCUCGAGUCCUCCGGAUUCCAUCGCGUUCUUGAAACAAUCCAAACCAGAGUCGAGCUUGAGCUCAAUCGCCAGCGCGGGGCUGCACGUAUCACGGUCCAGAGACCCUUUACCACAAAUGGCAACGACCGCAACCACAGCUGCUCCAAUGGACCGGUCAUUGGAGCAAGAGAAGGAGUCGGAGCAGAGCAGUUCCCAGGUCGCGAGGGAGGCCCUCGGUGCCAGCGAGAAAUCGCAGGUCAGCUCGCUCAAUGACUCGAUACACAUGUCCGACCAGAUGCAGGUCGAUUCACACCCGAAUUCCGGAAAUGUACAUGAUACCUUUGGUUCCGUCGACAAUGGGCCAACCCUCAUGAACUCCUCCACCGUAGCUAGUCCCGGCCCGAUCGAAGACUCGGCCUCUCAGGAUGGCGACCGCCCGCGCCAUCGUGAUGAAGCAGAAUUAUCACAGGAGACUAGCAACAAAGCCUUUUCGUACCCUAUGCCCACCGGUGGCCUUAGUGACCCCCGUCGUGGCUUAAGCCUACCGAAUGCCGGCUAUCACAAGGGCGGCCAGCGAUCCCCAUCGGCCAAGAAGCACCGAUGCCCGUAUUGCUCUACAGAAUUCACCCGCCAUCACAACCUCAAAAGCCAUCUUCUCACGCACAGCCAGGAAAAGCCGUUUGUAUGUCAGACCUGCCAGUCCCGCUUUCGAAGGCUUCACGAUCUGAAACGACACACGAAACUUCAUACUGGAGAGCGGCCGCACAUUUGCCCCAAAUGUGGACGCAGGUUUGCCCGUGGGGAUGCCCUGGCUCGCCAUAACAAGGGCCAAGGCGGAUGUGCUGGUCGAAGAGCGAGCAUGGGAAGUUAUGCUGCGGAAGAUGAAUACGGCGACGGGGCGGCUCCUCCGGACGACACGAUGGAUGGGCUAGUAUACGCGGAGCCGGAGCGAAUGGACGAGGAAGAGGAAAGGCGACUUAACAUGCCUAGCAUCAAGAAACACGACGCCCCAUCAGACCCUGUCGCACGUUCCAACACUGGUACCUUCCAGUCGCGUGGGCCGAGCACCUACCCCCCUAUCGCUGCAGGCAGACCCUCUCCCGGAGGUCUGUUCCCUCCUCCUACCAGCCACGGCGGCUCCAGUGCGUCAACCUCGCCGAUCUCGCAGUCUGGCAACUUGACAUUUCCGCCCCCGGGACAACCUUCUGGUGCAUCGGUAUUUGCUCCCACAAACAUGACGGAAAGCCCUAAACCGCUUUCACCGAAUGCUUUAUCCUCGCACCAAAUAAACCACGGACCAGAUAAUAAUAUACAACUACAUCGCGCACAUUCUCCCGGGAUGGCACAGUCCUUCCAGCAACAACCGUUUGGCAGAACCGCGCCCGCACCAACACAAACCUCCGUUCCAAAUCACUCUGCCUCUAGCUUGGGUCUUCCUCCGCCCCAGCCCGGGGCUCCUCAGCUCCCCCCACCGCCUGGAUUGAAUUCACCAGACUCUCGAUUUCAGCUUCAUGGCCAACCGGCAGCAGCAAAACACACUCCAUCACAUAGUCAUUCCAGUAACCACAGCGGGCCGCUGCCUUCCAUGGCCGGCCCGGAGACAUCUCCAAAUAACGGCAAUCAUUAUCCUGUACCGCAUGACCCGAAUCACAUCGACCAAAGCCGAGAAGACAAGCUCUGGGCGUAUAUCCGCUCAGUCCAUGAGGAGCUGACGGGGCUGCGAACUGAAGUGGCCGCAUUGAGAGCCCAGAUCGCAUCGUCCAACGCUAACACCCCCACGCCGUCCAAUGCAAACAUCCCACAGCCACCAAUUGAGGCGAAUAAUGUGGGCUCUGGACAACGAUGA